AUGGCCAAAUCAAAGCCUGCACAGACUAGUAUUACACGUACUAUUCCUAUUGAGGCCUUAAGAACUGUCCCGAAUAACUCUGCAUUUAAAUCGGAUAACAUGGUUGUGCUUCCCGAGGAGUACCGUAAAGAGCUGAUUAAAGAUUUCAAACGGACAGAGCCAAAACCAGUGGAAAAGAAACAGGAGGUGGUGAAGGAGGUUAUUUUAGACCCCAAUCGUGAGCGGAACGUGGGCAUUGUACUUCAAUUCCUGCGGCUUCCCAUACAGACGGUUGAGGCGAGCGUGCGCAUGUUUGACGAACUGACUCUAGGCGAGGAGCACGUCUCUGGUCUCGCCAAAAUUAUUCCCAACGCCGAGGAUAUUCAGGCCAUUAACGCAUGGAUGAAACGCAAUCCAAAGGCGACCACCGCGCGGCUGCAUCAGCUGAGUAUCCCCGUACGAUUUUUCAUGAUGGUGACGAAGAUUGAGUUUUACGCCGAGCGACUGCAGUGUUGGAAUUUAAAGAACGAAUUCAAAGGCCGCAUUGACGACCUCGAGGUGAAGAUUCGCCGCGCGAUGGAGGGAGUUUCCGCCGCGAUGGACUCGCCGCACCUGCCCCGCAUGUUGCAAUUUGUUCUUGCCGUCAGCAACGUGUUAAACACGGGCAGUCGGUUUCAGGGAGCGAAGGGGUUUCGCAUCACGCAACUGCCGCAGAUCAUCGACUUCCCAACAACAAACAGCAAGGGCGUCCUGCUGGAUCACCUGAUUGAGAUCAUCGACCAGCAGGACCCCGCCGUGCACCGCUGCACGGAGGAGCUGCUGCCGGCGGUGGAACAUGCCUCCAACUUUGACGUCCCAGGCGUCGCUGGAGAGUUGAAGUCGCUGCGUGCUCGCCUGCAAAAGUGUGCGUCGCUCGUUCGUGCGAUUCCGGACGACAAGCCGUGGACGACGAAACUGGGGAAGUUCAUCUACACCGCCUUUCCAGCGCUGGAGCGGGUCGAGCAGCUGAUGGGUGAGUUGACGGCAAAGAUUGAGUUGAUGCCGGUGUACUUCUGCGAAAACCCCGCGUCGUUUCAGAUGAAUGACACGCUGCGGUGCCUGGCCAACUUUGCGAAGAAGUACAACGCCAAGCGAGCCCAGCUGCUGGAGAGGCAAGAGCUCCUGUCGGAGCCGAAGGCGGCAGCCGCGGGGAAUCCGCGGGCAGCCACGCAUGACCACGGCUCAAGGGCCGCUGCCGAGGAGUCACGCAAGGAACACCCCGCGCCGCGCGUCCACGAAGCAAACGCAGAAACGCAAAAAAAUGGGCCCCCCUCCCCACUCGCCCCUCACACACCUGCGAGGAGCAAUGAGAGAGGGCCACCGCGCGACGCCCGCUGGGGCGGAAGGCGGGCUGAAGGCCUUGGAAAUGCCUCCAACGGCAUCUCUGGCUUUGGUGGUGGGGGUCCUGAGUCCCGUGUGGUACUUUCCCAGUAG